AUGGUAGCAGCUAAUACUUGGAAUAAUGAAUGUGUAAUGUUAGAAGUCAAUACUGCUAAGUCAAAGGAUCCUAAGAGAUAUGAGUUACAGCAAUUUUUUGGACAAGUACAAUAUUACUUUUGUCAUAUUUUUUGUGGAAAGUACCAAUUGCUUGCAUAUAUUAAGAAUGUAAAAAAUGCACGUAAAGAGUCAUAUGGAAUAUAUUGUUUUGAGGAAUUUGGUAACUACGAAUUUGUUGAUGUGUCAAUGAUACGAAGAUGU